AUGGGUACUGGUAUGGCUGAUUUUGCAGGAAAGGCCGCUCUAGGGUAUGGAAAAGUGACUUCAGUGGAGGAAUAUGAUAUCUAUUGCUGGCAUGUAGCCGGGAUCGUUGGCGAGGGCUUGACUCAUCUCUUCGUGAAGGCGGGAAUGGGCGACAAAAAUCUGAUAAACCAACCCCUGUACAGAUCAAUGGGUCUUUUCUUGCAAAAAAAUAACAUCAUUCGCGAUGUUCGUGAGGAUUUUGACGACGAUCGCCAGUUCUGGCCUAGAGAAAUCUGGUCUAAACACAUCGACAAUUUCGAAGACCUGUUCAACCCAAAGUUCCUCAAAAGUGCCCUCAAUUGCAGUUCCGAAAUGGUUCUGAAUGCCAUAGUACAUUGCCGGGACUGCUUGUCAUAUCUUACAGCCUUGAAGGAGCAGAGUGUGUUCAAUUUCUGCGCGAUUCCUCAAACAAUGGCUUUGGCUACACUUGAGCUAUGUUUCCGCAAUCCGGCAAUAUUUCAACAAAACAUCAAACUCACAAAGAGGGAUUCGUUGGAUUUGAUGAUUCAUUCUAGUCGGAACAUUGAGGGUGUGGCGAAAAUCUUCUGUCAUUACGUUCAUCGGAUCCAACAGAAGAAUGACAAGGAGGAUCCCAACUACGUGAGAAUAAAAGUCGCAUGUGAACAGAUCGAGCAUUUUGCGAAUAGUCUAGUGUCAAAAAGUAGUAUUGAGCUUGCUCGGAAAAAGGCCAGUGACAUUGGACCUGGGUCUCAUCCUGAACAAGUGAUUGUCUCUCGCCAGUGGGCAAUCGCCUCAAUCUUCUUCGCCCUGGGGAUGCUGUGGCUCAUAGUCCGUGGAGAGUCUUCUUGA